AUGGUGGAUGCUGAAAAUGGGAGCCGAUUUCCAGAAAAAUCCAUGUUGCGCGCAGCGCAACAAGAUGCGCGACGAGCUCCGCGAAGCGGAGAAGGAGGAGGGGACACGCUCUCCAUUCACCCACGAGAAACAACAAGAAACACAGAAAACGCAUCAACACAGUCUUUAGAAGGUCCGCCCUAUCAGAGCAUUCCAUCGAGCGGCAAAGCAAAUCAAAGCAAAUCGGAUGACAAAUGGGCAUGGCAGUGGGCAUGGCAAUCGGUCCCCUUCUAUGAACAGCAUCACCCUAAGGAAAACAACGCUGACGACUGCCAACGACUGCGAUUUUGCUUUCAGGUUGUCAGAGCUCUGGUUGGAGGUGUCUCAUCUCCGCAUUUUCAAGCCUUUUUUGUAGUACUGGUCUACUUACUGAGCAACUUUUUCCAGCUGGACUGGGAAAAAGUUGAUCUCUAA